AUGCCCGAUACACCCACACCCGCAGAUGCUCCAUUCGACCAGCCCUCGGCGGACAUCGUCCUCCGCAGCGUAGACCGCGUCGACUUCCGCGCCCACCGCGUCAUCCUCGCUCAAGCAUCCCCCUUCUUCGCCGACAUGUUCUCUCUCCCCCAGCGAUCCCCACCCGACGUAGAUGCACUGCCGGUCGUGGACAUGUCGGAGGACAGCAAGACGCUCCGUCGGCUCCUCCUCCUCUGCUACCCCGUCGAUAAGCAGGAGCUGGAGUCGGUCGCGGACAUCGCCCCCGUCCUCGCGGCGGCGCGCAAGUUCGACAUGGAGUGGCCGGUCAGGCUCCUCGCGCGCGAUCUCACUACCUCUGUCUCUCGCUCACCACUCCGCGCGUGGUCAUGUGCGUGCCAGAGUGGGCUUGAGGACGUCGCGCACCACGCCGCAGAGGAGAUCAAGCGCCGCGCGUCCUCAAAAGCCGCCGAGACUCCAGAGGGCCCGGACUCGGGCGUCGCGUUGCUCUCUGCGCUGCGCGCUGCAUUGGAGGAGGAAGGGCUGAUGGACGUGCUCCAGGGAGUCAGCGGUGGCGCUUACUUCCGCCUGCGCGAGUACCUCCGCGGCGCAUCUCCAUCCUUCUCAAUCAGCCCCGGGUCGAACUCCUCCACACCGUCAAAUACCUUGGAGGCUGUCAUCAUUGCGCUCCGUCUCCCUGGAAUCUCCGUCGCUACCCCCGCGCCCUCUCCUAAUGGCUCCUACGUCGAGCUCGCCACGAAAGGCGAUCGCGUUCUCGAAGCAUCUACACCACAACAGGGUGCCUACACCCUCGAUGCGCCCUCAACCGCGCUCGUCAACAUCCUCGCGCUCUGUUACCGCGGCAAGAGCGACACAGCCUACGGGGCCGACUUUGAUGGCCUCGCGCGCGCGCUAGCCGUGUCUGGGAAGAUCCCGAUGGACGCGCAGAUGCUGAACGCUCCUCGGCAGGUAUGGGAGCAAUGCGUCGAGAUCAACCCUUUCCGAGCGUACUUUGCGGCAGCGAAGAGCGGCCUUGGGGAAGAGGACAUCCGUGCGGCGGCACGCAAGACCCUCGCAGUCCCUCUCCUUGGAUUUUACUCGGGGCGGUUGGAGCAUGCCGACGCGAUAGUGUACGAGCGACUCCUGAAGUAUCAUCAUGACGCCUCUGUGGCUGUCGUCGGUGUCCUCGCGCAUGUGGGCGAGAAUUGGAGCAAGAACCUGCGGAAUACUUUCCCUCACCAUUUCAUGCACAUGGAUUCGCUCCCCGUGACCCCUGCACAGCGUAUAAAUGAUGCUGCGCACAAGUUAUCUGUGGGACAGCAUGCCCCAGCAAUGCUAUUGGAAGCUAUGGGCAUCGACAUAUCGACACUGAUCGAGGCAGCACUGCGGCAGCGCCUCGGCAUCGCCUUUUCCCGCGUUUCGCAGCCUACCGAUUUUUUGCCUAUCGUUGUCCUAGACCUCGCGGGGAUCGUCGUCGCCGUGACGAGCGCGCCGCGCGCAAAGGUGCAUCACGGUGUGUGCACCUCGCAGGUCGCGACCAUUUUAGCUCUGCGAUAG